GCUGAUGCACUGGCUGAUGUUACGCGGGCUUUUCGUGAAGCGAACGAGAUUGUGCGAGAUCGCGUAGCGGGUUUGUCUCGCGUUAGGCCUAACGGUAGCGGGUAUUUAUUUCCAAAAGUUGGCUGGUCGUUACAACGGUUUCUAAGAAUACUGUGACGAUACAAAAUCAAUAUGAGUCUAAAUCCAAACUACGAUACUAUUGGAAAAACAUUUGUGCAGCAGUAUUAUUGUAUGUUCGACGACCCGGCACAACGGCAGGGUCUUGGAAAUUUCUACAAUGAAGAGAAGUCACUGAUGACGUUUGAAGGCAUGCAAAUAUUCGGCAGGACGAAAAUUUUAGAAAAAAUACAGGGCUUGAGCUUCCAGAAGAUAGGUCAUCAAAUUACAGCCAUCGACUGUCAGCCCAUGUUUGACGGCGGGAUACUUAUAUCGGUUUUAGGACAGCUCAAGACGGAUGAUGACCCAGCCCACACGUUCACGCAAGUGUUUGUGCUGAAACCAAUUGCAGACAGCUUCUACGUUGAACAUGAUGUGUUCAGACUAGCACUGCACCAUACAGCAUGAAAGAGCUCCAGAAUGGCUUUGGCCACAGCAAGUUGGAUGGAUCCUUUUCUUCACAUGUGAGGCGUGUAUGACUGGUUUGUAAUAAAUGUACAUUGCUCCUUUUUAUAAGGUCCACUCUGAGCGCUACACCAAAGUGACAGCCACACUAAAAAUGUCUGCUACAAUAAUGUAGCUUUGAAUGCAACAAUAUACGUUCUCAAUUUGUACUUGUUUAAUAUCCGAUGGGUAUGCAACAGCAGAUUUUCUCAAGUUAAUUUGAGGCACCAGUGUUGUAGAAAGCUUUUGCAAAGCUUAUGAAGUGAAGUACAAUGGUCCUCACCAUUGGGCAUGGUUGGUAAUGUCCUCCUUUCCUGAGGACAAGCUGUACUUAAAGCUGAUGUUAGGGCCAACUUGAAAAGGUAAAUUUGUACUGUUGUCAGUGAACAGCCUUUAUUCAGCGGGCUUGUACUGUCGAGGUGUGUAAGUUCAGUAGACUAGUGUUUCGGUCAGUAUGUUGAUACUCAUUACUGGGCUGUGCUGUGAGGCCUUUGUGCUGUGAGGCCUUUGUGCAGUACAUUGCUUGUCGUUUGAUCCACUGUUGCUAAAAUUUGCUCUGACUGGCAACACUAAAAAGUGACUGCAGAUUGGAGCAGCCUUUUGCAAUGUGUUAGCCUCAAAACAAUGUUGGGUACAUCGACAGAAUAUUCAACUGUUCCUAGUUCUAAAUCGGUUAUUUUAGCUGAAGUGUCUGUUUUCAUUUCAACUUUUUGUCUUGUCCCUUUUAAAAUUACACUGUGUUUCAAAAUAUGUGAUUCACCUCAUGACUGGACAUAUGGAAUAAAUUGCAAGUUUCAGACUUAAAUUUGUGGCGAUUGGUAAGUAGUCAUUUAGUUACAAGGCUCGAUACGCUUGUGGAAGUUUGUGUGUAGGACCUAAAGUGAGCCAUAUCAUUGUUUUUGCUAGCCAACUAAACUUGUCAUUACUGCAAAGCAGAUUAGCCUGAAGCAGAACCUUUUUAAGUCUCGCUGUCUCGCAUAUAGUUUGAGUCCGAGAAGAAGGAAUUUUAGCAAGCAGGUUGUACGUUGUGUUCAUACAUUUGCCAUUUUUAACUGCUCUUGUAUGUCUGUUAGUGUUCUCAUAUCUUUCCUGUUUUUGUUUUGUGUCUCAUACGAUUAAUUGCAUGUGUUUUUUGCUGGUCACUUCUGAGGUGUUCAGAGGCUAGAGUAAUUGCAAAGUACAUGUUUGUUGCUAACUUUGCCAAGAUAUCUAAAGUUUCACCUUUUUCUACAACAACAGCUAUACAAAGGUGUAUUUGCAGUUUAGGAAAUAAACCAGUGUUAUCAUUG